AUGUCUACCACUGUUGUUGCCGCUGAUUCAAAUCAGUUAAAUUUCAAUCCAUCAUGGAUGCGUCCCGUUUCUAUGCCGAUAUCGGCUGGAGGUGGAAAUAGUAGCGGUACUCGUACGGAACCACUCUUUGUUGCUGAAAAUCCUGCAAUCGAUUAUCCUAUAGCGGAUCCAAUUUUCGUAAAAAAUCGUUAUGGUCGUGAGGAUCUGCUCGCUCUUCUUUUCAAAGAUGUGCAUCCCCCAGAUGGCCUUGAUAAAUGUCACUUUUAUGUGCCUGCUGCUCAGAAGCCAAUUGUAUUAACGCCGCUUUCUGAUACCGAAACGCGGCUGCAGCACAACAUAAAUUCGAGCAAAGCGAUGAGUUUACUGAGCCAUGCUGAUCGAGCAACGAUUGCUUCUGGUGGCAUGAUUGGUGGCCCGAAUAUUUCACUGCCAUUGAGGAUGGGCCAAGAAAACCGUUUGUUUUCACCAUCGUGGAUAUCUACAUCUGGUGGUGGGAAUAGUGGUUUUGGAAGGGGAAGCUUACAGUUCGGCCGUGCCACCUUCGGAGGUUCAUAUCGUGGACGUGGUAUGAUGCAAACAAGUUCUACCAAUCCAUCCGAACCAGCAGGAAUUGGACGAUUUAAUGCUAGUCGAAAUAAUCGCACCGGUAUAGCUGGUUUUGGCCGAGGAAAUACUACCACGCAACCAUUUAAUGCACGAGCCCAAGGCCUGUACGAUCCGCGAGAUCCACGUGAUCGUCCAAGACAACGCCUUCGUAGCACAUCUGAUGACACAUCAAAUCCAUCAUUUGGUAGUACUGCUGACGAUUCUCCUGCACCCCUGAAUAGUGGUUGGACCCAAGUAGGACGAGCUGCAGCACCAUGGAGUAAAAGAAUGCAUGUCAAUAUGAAUGUAAUGCAACAACCAGCGGCAAGUGUCGAAUUUACUAAUCAGUCACAACUACCCGAAUGGAUGAGUGAGGAUCAAGAGAGAGGAAAUAGUUCAAAUAUGGAUGAAACUGGUUCAUUUGACGACAGCGGUCAGUUUCAAGCAGCAGCAAUCGCUGAACGAAUGGCAACGUCUUUGGAUUUGAUAGAAAGCCCUACAUCAAACAUACCAGUGGAUAUUCCGGAAAGACAGACGUCGCAUCAGGAAGACGAAAAGCCAGCUUUAGCAUCAUCUGUACCUGUCACUGUUCCUAAUGCUUGGUCUAUGUUAUCCAAUAGUUUGGAGCAAUCACAGUCAAAUAGAAUUACAAAGCAGUUUGUUGAGAAACCUGAUGGUGCCAUUAGUUUAGCAUCUGGACAGUCCACACCCGUAACUGUAUCGACUGCUGCUGUAAAUAGUCCCUUCCAGCAAAAUUACACAGAUGAUGUGACCUUACUUGGUCAUCCUGCUUCAAUGAGCCUAACUCCGAGAACUGAUUAUGUCGAUGAAUGGUACUAUGUGGAUCCGAAAAAUGCCGUGCAAGGUCCUUUUCCAACAAUUCAUAUGCAGGCUUGGUAUAAAUUGGGAUAUUUCACAUCAGAGUUACGUGUGAGACAUGGGCAAAAUCCAGAUAGCAGUUUCAUGACUUUGGGUGAGUUGAUAACAAUGAAUAGUGAGGAGACACCGUUUAAAUUGAAACCUUUUCAACCAUCAGUAAUGCAGUUACCUUUACAGCAGACUGAGGAAGUAAGCAGAAACAUAUGGAGUCGAGAUUAUAAUGUAUCGCUUAUUGAAGCUGCAAAAGUUAAGAAAGAACGACAGAAAUUGGAAGAAGAGCAGCGUCGGAUGGCAGAGCAAGAAAAACAGUUGAAACAAAUGCGAGAAGCUUUGUUGAAAGAGGAAGAAGAAAGAAUUGAACGAGAACGAUUAAUUAUGGAAAAAGAAAUACAACUUCAGAGAGCACAAGAAGAAUUAGCACAAUUAGCAGCGGAAGAAAAAGAGCGAGCAGCGGCACGAGAGCGUGAAAUAGAAGCUGAAAAGAAACGAUUGGCUGAAGAGAUGGAAAGGACGAAAAAGGAAGAAGUGGAAAGAGCAUUAGCGGAAACAAGACGAAAAGAGGAAGAAAGAGAACAGCAGCGACUAAAAGAUGAAGCAGAAAGACAUAUGAAAAAAGCAAAGGAGUUGAAAAGAAUACAAGAAGAAGCUGAAGAAGCAACUCGAAAAGCAGUCGCUGAACAAAAGCGAUUACAGCAACAAAUGUCGGCAAGUGCGGCAGCAGCUGUAUGUGAAAAAGAAAAUUUGCAUUAUAAGCUACCAGUAGAAUCAAGAAAAGGGAAUACUUCAAAAGAAUUCAUUGUUACUGAAGAAUUCGCGCCACCUUUACGGGGAAAAGGACCAGAAAAUACAUCCGCUAAUUGGCAAUAUUCCUGGCAAGCAACAUAUCAGAGUGGUGAAGAAAAAGUGACUACAGCGAGAACCGCUCCAUGGGUUACUGUAACAAAUAAGGAAACGACUGAUCGAAGCGAGCCAAGUUUGUUGGACAUACAGCAAGAGGAAGAGCGACAAAUGAUUGCGGAAAUGAAACAUAAACAGCAGCAACAAAUAAAUGGUGCAACAAUAUGGAAAGAUGCUAGUGAAGCGGCUCGUGCAGGAGUUUGGAGUUCUGCCACAAAUAAACUGAAAUGGAGGCAGGAUUCUCAGUCAGUGCCUGAUACAACGGUUAUACCUUCACGACAAGUUGCAUGGGGUGGCGCCAGAGGCAUGAAUGAUAUAACCGCCACAAAAGCAAUCUGGGAUGAUCCGUCGCUUUCAGAUAGUGGUAAAACUAAAACUUGCAGAAAUUUACAAAGUGCAAACAAAUCCGAACGAGGAAGUGCGGAACACGAAGCAGUAAAGAAAAUUUUCAAGCAGUCCGUUACAAGUAGUGGUAAUGCUCUCACUAGUUGGAUGAUAAAUCGAGUGAAACAGUUAAACCAACAAGUGGAUGCCGAUGUGUUCGCCGCAUUUAUUGAGGGCGUCGAUAAUCCUAAUGAAGUGGAAGACUACAUAAUUGGUUAUUUGGGUGAGAGUCGUUUAGUUAAGGAACUGAUACGAGAAUUUCUAGAAAGGCGUUCGCAAGCGCGUCAGAAGAGAGAACCUGUUGAUAAGGAUGAUUUAACUCAUCCUGCGCAAGCAGCGGAUGCAGUAAGUACCAUUGCGGCGAACAAUAAAUCCGACAGUUCUACCUCGCAACAAUUAUUAACGGGUGGUGGAAAGCGCAAGAAAAAGGGUAAUAAAGGGAAUAAACUGGUUGUUGAUGGUGCCUGUUUGGGUUUUAAAGGAACAGUUGAUCCGAAUCGUGUUAAUGUCGGUGAAAUUGAUACUGUUGGUGGUAGUGCAGUAAUUGGUUACACGCAUAAAUGA